GAAGCCUGGCCCUCAAGCCCUCCAGACUGGGGACCCCUGAGCCAUAACGCAGGACUCUGCCUUUACUGCCAACACUUGGCCUGCAUGGCCUUAGUUGUGGGGAGAGCCACGUAGCCAGGGCUCCCUGGCGGGGGCCUGGGUAUCUCCUCUGGACUUAGCUGGAUUUGUGACUCAGGGAGAGACCAUACUGGUGGGCCAGGGGGAAAUGGGUAGGUUUUCUGGUCUCUGGUUGGGUCUUAUAAUCUCCAACCUUGCCCCAGCCUCCCCCUCUUCCUGUCAAUUGUAUGAAGCUCCUGGGGCCCCUUGGGAGGUAACUUCCUGCCUCAGGCCCCCUGCCCACUUGCCUGCCCACACAGACUCACAGGGGGAUCCCUCUUUUUGCCUUGCUGAGGGAGCAGCAGACACCACAGGACAGCCGCUAAUGCCGCUAGCACUCACUGACCUCACUCUGUGCCUGGCUGUCUGCUGGGCUCAGGAUCCAGGCCAUCUAGGGAGACGCCUGCUGGGAGGCUCUUAGCCCUGCAGCUGCCUCUCUGGACAGAGGGAGGGGGAAGUGGCCAGAAGGGGAAGUGUGAGGAGUUCCCCUCCUGCCUGUCACCAGUCUCCUCAGGCCCUCGGAGUGGCAGUCCUGGGGCCUGGCAGCGGCCAUGGAGCCUCUGGAGACUCCCAUCAAGGACGGCAUCCUCUACCAGCAGCACGUCAAAUUCGGCAAGAAGUCCUGGCGGAAGGUAUGGGGUCUGCUGUAUGCAGGAAGCCCAUCAGGUGUGGCACGGCUGGAGAGCUGGGAGGUCCGGGAAGGUGGCCUGGGGCCAGCAGGGGACAGGCCUACAGGACCCAGCCGGCGUGGGGAACGGCGAGUCAUCCGCCUGGCAGACUGCGUGUCUGUGCUGCCGGCUGACGGCGAGAGCUGCCCCAAGGACACCAGCGCCUUCCUGCUCACCACCACAGAGCGAAGCCACCUACUGGCCGCACAGCAUCGCCAGGAAUGGAUGGGCCCCAUCUGCCAGCUGGCCUUCCAGGGAACAGGGGAGUGUUCCUCAGGCCCAGGGGAGAUGGAAGCUUCCAAGAGGGGCCUGGUCCCCAUGGAGGAGAAUUCCAUCUACUCCUCCUGGCAGGAAGCAGGCGAGUUUCCAGUGGUGGUGCAGAGGACCGAAGCUGCCACCCGCUGCCAGCUGAAGGGGCCCUACCUCCUAGUGCUAGGCCAAGACACCAUCCAGCUGAGGGAAGCCUCCAGCCCCCAGGCCCUCUACACCUGGCCCUACCGCUUCCUACGAAAGUUCGGCUCUGACAAGGACGUGUUCUCCUUUGAAGCUGGACGCCGCUGUGACUCGGGCGAGGGUCUCUUCGCCUUCAGCAGCCCCCGAGCCCCUGACCUGUGCAGGGCAGUGGCCGCUGCCAUUGCCCGCCAGCGGGAACGGCUGCCAGAGCUGUCUGGACCCCGGCCCUGUCCCCUGCCUCGGGCCACCUCCCUGCCCUCACUGGACCCGCCAGGAGAGCUUCGGGAAGUGCCCCCAGGGCUGGAGCCGCCCAGCUCUCGGAGGGCCCUACUAGCAGAUCCGGGCCCUCAGAGCCUGCCUCCACAGUUAAACCCGGUGCCCCGUGAUGAGCCGGUGUCUGGGCUCUAUGCAUCAGUGUGCAAGCGGGCCAGUGGGCCCCCAGCCAACGCCGAGCACCUCUAUGAGAACCUGUGCUUGCUGGAGGCAGGCCCCGUGCUGCCCAGGGACAAGGACCCGGGGCAGGAGGGUUCCAGCCGCCGCAGCCCCCUGGCCAGCCCCAUCUACCACAACAGCGAGGACCUGGGCUGGCCGGGCCCCACCCAUGACAGCAGCCUGGAGGCUCAGUACCGGAGGCUGCUGGAACUGGAGCUGGGCGACAGUGAUGAAACUGCGAGCUCUGGCCGCCCCAGCACUCACACGGGCUUCAAGGCCAAGCUGGUAACGCUCCUGAGCCGUGAGCGGAAGAAGGGCCCGGCGCCCUGUGACCGGCCCUGAAAGUCCUGUGUGGCUCUGGGACAGGAGAAGAGAAAGGUGCUCUGCUGUUCCCCGGCAAGGGCCAAUAGUGGACAUCUGGGACACACCCCUGCAUCCACGCUGGCCCCGGGUGGGUAAGGCAGGCAGGCUGGGGGGGCACCCCACCCACCACCCCUCACUGCCAUGUACAGUGUAGAGAUUUUCUGGUAAUAAAACCUCCCAGCUCUGCU